CAAGCUACUAUUUUUUUGUUUUUUUCGUAUAUGCUCAAUCUGAAUUCUGUCAAUGUCUGAAUCGCUCAAAGAAACUGACAACAGCAAUAAUAAUAUCAUAGUAUCCAUAGAAAAGGGAGUUGCGAAAUCUACAACGAACGAAUCGGUUGCUACCGAUAAGUCUCUUUCUGUGGUUGAUGAUAUUGAUAGUAAUGAUGGUAAUAGCAAUAGUAGUAGAGAUAUGACGCCACACAGUAGUACUUUAUCAACUCGCGAUGAAAGCUCAACCUUUGGUGUUUCUAAUGCAACCGCUAAGCAUACCCUGCCGUUUUCUUUACUCUCUCAAUCGAACAGCGAGCUAAAGCAGCGCCGUAACAAACAACAACAUCAGGGAGUAUCAACUGCAUUAGAUUUCCCCGGUUCAACAGAACAGAUCGAUGGUAGUAGUCAGCAGAAGGACUGUUGUGUUGAGAGUAAAAUUAUAGCAAAAGAAACGAUGCCAAUGAAUGAACUUUGCAUCAGUAUCAUCAAAGCAACAGUUAUAUUCAAUGUUUUUUAUUAUGCUUAUUGUUUGGCUUAUACAACAACUACUACGAUUUGGACAGCUAUCGAAUUAAGUAUUUGGUGCCUUAUCAGUCUUUGGUUCAUGGUACCGGUCUCUUUGAGCAGCUACAGCAAUAAUUGCGGUAGUAGUAGGAGUAACAUCAGUUGUCGAUUUGGCAAUAAUCUCUUGGAUGUACUUGGUUACCUUCGAGUGAUUUCAUUGGUUAUGCUGGUCAUAACAACGUUGUUCAGUUUCAAUAAUAAUUUCACAACGGCAACAACAGCGACUUUUUUUUCUUCCAUCACUGCUACUAUCACCAUUCUAUUUGAAUUAUUUAUUCUUUUUAUUUAUACUUUGAUGGAACAAAAUAUCAAAUCAUCCUUGCAACAGGCUAAUUCUUCAACGCAGCAGCAGCAGCAGCAGCAGCAUUCCAAAUUGUCGUCAUCGUCGACAACGCCGAGCUUGGCUGAUGUUGACGAUGCAACUGUACAAAAUCAACAACCAUCAGCAUUUGAAGAGGAAAAAGAAGCACGGCUAGUUCAAAAAAAUGUAUUCUUAUCUAUUGUAUCCCAAGAGAUACGCGACACAUGUUCUAUGAUUACGACAACCUUGGAGCAAUUUUGUCCGAGUUCUUUUUUGGUCCCUUCUACCCAUGAAUUAUUAAGUGCCUGUUCUAUGGCAGUACCUGUUUCGAGUAUAUCAGCUAUUACGACCACAGUAAAUCAUGCAUCCCAUAUAGGUUCAAACUUACAUCUCUUGGAUUAUAUCUUGCAAGAGGGAGACGAGGAAUAUUCUGAUAGUUGUCAGCGUCAACGGCUUUCUGCAAAUCAUUGCCACGAUGUCGAUAUGGGAGAAUUGAUUCAGCAUGUAGGAGACGCUUUAGCAGGCCUUUCUGCUAAGUUAGGUGUCCAUAUUGCCAUCUAUCAUAUGGACAAUGGCUUUUCUUUUCCUUCUGUUUUCGCAGAUGGUCCAGCCAUGAAGCAUACAUUGUUAACUUUACUACGAAAUAUUUUGGAGUGUAGUACACCUGGAGCUUGCAUUGAGCUGGGGUUAAUGAUUCAACCUUUACCAGACCAAAACAGCAGCAAAGUGCGAGUCACUUUUCAAAUUAUACAAACAGCUUCACCAGCUAUACCUGUUGGUUUAACCAAAGCUAUGAUACCCAAUAUACAUUAUACCGAGAAGUUGAUUGGUUAUAUUGACGGACAAAUGGAAAUGGAGGCAAUGGAAAAAAACAAGUUUAAGAUCGAAAUCAAUAUGGAUCUCGAGCCCUCUUCCAAUGCAAACAAUAGUAAUAGCCAUAAUAGUGGCACUGAUGAAUUGCACCUUUUCAAAAAUCAACCGCACCAUCACCACAUUUUUUUUGAUAAACCAUCUCAUUUCUUCGAAACUCAAUUUGCAAACAUACGAUUCUCCAACGAACCGACUUUAGAAGAAUUAUCCAUCUUUUUGGCGCAUUUGAAGGGUGUCAAAUUAAUUUUGCAUGCACCUGAAAAGAGUAAUUUCGCAAAACAUCUAACAAGCUGUUUGACAAGCUGGAAUACAGAUAUCAGCCAUCUUCCUGUUCUCACCUAUGCUACUACUGCUUCCAAUGAUGAUGCCGAAUCUGCUUCCUCAAUUACUCUAGGGGCUUUAGGUGUUGGUGGAUCUGAUUCAGACACAACUGCUUCUUUCCAUUCUAUGUUUCAACAGCAAAAUGGAAUGAAGACACCUUUAGAUAAUGUACUAUCACAAGAAAUUUUAGGGUCAACAGCGACAGCAGCGACGCUAACAACGACAGGAGAUUUAUCACCGGCCUCCAACCGAUCGAUCAACAGUAGUAAUAAUCCCACCACUACCACGCUUACGCAGCAAAAGAUACCCUCGCCUGCUAUCGAAGAAGAUCACAUACAUUCUAUUCCGCCGGCCUUUAUCCUAAUUGAUGAUGACAUUUUGACUUUAGAACGUAAAUUACGACAUUUCAGAGAAAAUCUGAUCCAAUAUCAGCAGCAGCAGCAGCAGCAGCAGCAGCAGCAACAACAACGUCAGUCUUCUAUUAGCACUAAUAACAGUGGUGGUAGUAGUGCUACUAGUGCCAGUACUACGAGCAAUAAGAAUGAUACUGCUCGAAAUACCAGCAAUAGCAGCAGAGCAGCACAUCAUCAUCCAUCUAUUCAUCAUCCCCACUAUCCUCCUUCUCUUCCACAUCACCGUCGUUCCAAAUCGAGAACGAGUGACUAUUCUUCGACUUAUGGUACAGUCGCCAUUAUUUUCUUUACAUCCUUAUCUAAUUACAAAAGAGUUCGGGAAACAAUCCAGUGGUACACCUCUGCAGCAUCAUUAUCAACACCUACACCCGCUGCAACACAACCAUUCACUACUGCUCAGAUGACCGCAUCAGGAUUUGCCUUUUCUCCGACUGCUUCGAGCAUGGCAGGGGGCUCAGCUAUUCCCGCGCCAAAUACUACGCCAACGACGACAACAACACCGUCAUCCCCUUAUCAAAGCAGCCAGUACUAUUUACCACGUGUGGUGGUGGUUCCUAAACCCGCGGGACCUCGUCGGUUUUUAACAGCACUCCAUACAGCAUGGCAUAAUGCGACGGUGGAUCCUAAUUUCGUACCUAUCGCUACAUCACCUAUGAGUCCGAUGACGAUGCAUGUAUUACCUACGGCUUCUGCUUCGAGUGUUAUUACAGAUCAACAAUCACAACAACAGCAGCAGCAGCAGCAGCAACACCUGGCAGUCACUCCGAUGAUGACGGCAACACCGCACCACCAUCCUUAUAGUCAUCAGCAGCAACAUGCGUAUUAUGGACAUGAGACGCGUUACUCACCUCGUCGUAUGCACUCACCUCAUCAAAUGGAAGCAAUAGAAAGAGGAAAUUACUUUUUUGCAGAUCCUCACCGACCUUCGAACACUUCGCCUUCAUUACUUGCCACAGCAGCUGCAGCCGCUGGAGCUGCAGCAGGGGGAGGAGGAGGAGGAGGAGGAGGAGGAGGUAGUGGCGGCUCAGUACCGUUGAGCAAUAGUCCAUCACUUAUUGUGCCUCCACCUCCAUCUCCGGGAACUGUUACGGCUUCACUAGCACUCUCGAGUGGAACGCAGCAACAAAACACUCACAUGACUACAACUCAUCCUAUGCCUCCGAAUACGAGCAAUACUACCUCUUCUGCGACUAACUCUACCACUGCCACUACUCCAGGUACACCUACAGAAAUAAAACGACGACUGAGAUCGAGAAGUAGUUUAAGACGUGCUUUUAUGAACAGCGGUGGCGUAAAUGGAAAUAAAAUCCCCCAAGUGGACACAAGCAUUGACAGUGAACAACAGCAGCAAGAACAGCAGCAGCCAUUGGAGAAGAAGGAUAAGUCACCCAUUCAACAGAAGCAGGAAAGCGCAAUAUCCCCCACUAAGAAUAAAUCUUCUUUACCUAUCAAGACGAAAACUACUACGAAUAAUAAGCUGGAAUCACCAGGAAUCUAUUCACCUACGUCACCCUCCUCAAAAAAGUCAAAAAAGAAUAAGCUGAUUGAGAAAAAGAAUGGUGAGAAUACGACUAUACCAGUAACAGUACCCACAAGUACACCAGGCACACCAGCACCCGUCGGUCAUACUGUAGACACCCAUGCUACCACGACUACUAUUGCGGCUGCAAAUGCUAGCAAUACGGCCACUGCCCCCAUACCCACACCUACGCCAGCGAACAGCAAUAAUAAUAACAAUAAUAAUAACAAUAAUAGUACUAAUAACUCAAAGCCUAAACCCAAAUUCAACUUCAAAAUCAGUAAUCGUAAACGUAAAGAAAAAGUCAAUACGUCAGGCAAACAAGGACCCCCUAUUACUGUGCUUAUUGUUGAAGAUAAUAUGAUUAAUCAAGCUAUUUUAUCUACUUGGAUGAAGAAACAUAGUAUCAAAUUUUCAGUUGCCUCAGAUGGAAAGGAGGCAGUAGAGAAAUGGAAAGGAGGAGGCUUUCAUCUUAUUUUGAUGGAUAUUCAAUUACCUGUGAUGGACGGUAUUGAAGCGACCAAGUUGAUUCGAGCAAUUGAAAAAGAGAGAAAGAUCGGUGUGUUACCUUCGUCUUCAUCCUCCACUUCGACUGUAUCGUCGACGUCGCUCUCUUUAAUAACAACAGAGGAUGACAAUGUGAAGAAUAAGAGAUUAACCGAAACAAAACGAGGACUUAAGGUAGAGGACACGGACAGCCAUGAUAAAGUAGGAACAGUAGCAACCAUAGCAACAGCAACAGGAGGAAUUGUAGGACAAGGAGCUGAACAAGGGGCAGGAGCAGGAGCAGCAGCAGGAGGAGGAUUCCAGUCACCAGUGAUUAUUGUCGCAUUAACUGCAUCGUCCCUAGAAUCAGAUAGACAAGCAGCCUUAGCAGCAGGGUGUAAUGAUUUCUUAACCAAGCCUGUGAGCCUUGAAUGGUUGGAGAAAAAGAUCAUGGAAUGGGGUUGCAUGCAAGCCCUGAUCGAUUUUGAAGGCUGGCGUAAAUGGAAAAGAUCAUCACCUUCGACGAGUAUACCCUCCACUUCGAUAGCGUCCACUUCAACAAAGACGAAUAACAAGUAUCAGCCUUAUUUGUCAUUUAAUCAUGAUCAUCAACGCCCACAAGCCAUCAUUAAUAACGAAGGUCAUAGUAAGGAAGAAUUAGAACGAGAAAAGGAAUUACUGGCACUCCGUACGAAAGAACUACUCAAAGAUGAAUCAAGGGCCAUUGUGUUGAUGGGAGUGCAUAAAAGAAGAGUUUCCAGUAAUAUCACAACGCCCACAACAGCAGCAGGCACUGUAAACCAUCAAAGAACUCUGUCCUCUUCUAGUACGACAAGAACAACAGACCCACGCUUAUUACAACAACAAUUAUCGCGGUUUAUGUCUUCUUCUACCAGUAGUACAGAUGACAAGUUGUCCUUGCCAAAGAUUCCUUCGGACCCUGACCUGUAUCAAAACGGUUAUAACCAUUUUCCGUAUGAAUACUUACCUAUACCGCAGCAAGUUGAAGAAAGGGCGAGAAGAAGAGCUUUAGAACUACAGCAGCAACAGCAACACAUGGUGAGCGAUUUAUUAAUAAAUUACGUAGGCUCUCCAAAUCAGCACCACGUUGAUGAGAAUAGUAAUACCAACCAACCACCACCACCACCGCCACCACCAUUAACCACUUUAACAUGA